UGUUUAAGUUGUUACUUGUUUUAAGGACUGUUGCUGUUAACAGCUCCUGGUUUUUAGCUUCUAUUAGUUAUACUUGAUGUAUUUAACCUCUACGUUGAUCACUGGAUAAUCAGAUUAAGUUUUUCCUUCUAUUCUGUUUAACAUAGUGGUAUCAGAGCCUCAUAGGAAAAACUCUAAAGUGAUUCCGUGUUCCGGUGGCGGUGGCCGCCACAGCCACCGCCAGCCUUUGUGUGUGAGAAAUGGGGAGAGUAGGAGCAGGAAUAUUAGAUGUUGAGAGUGAAGUUCAAUGAGAUUAUUGGCGAGGGAGGCGGUGAUAAGUGAACAAGAAAUAGGGAUUGAGAAGCGAGUAAACCAUUGGUGAAACAGAGGUAGAGAGUGUGAAUAGCAAAGAGAGGCAAACCAUGGCUGACAGAGGUGACGCCGACAGAGCUGGUAGCGAGAGAGGCCGCCGUGGAUUCGGGGGACGAGCAGGCAACCGAGGAAAGGGUCGUCGUCAUGGUGGUUGUCGCGAGGAGGAGAAGUGGGUUCCGAUGAUCAAGCUCGUCUGUCCGGUGAUUCGCAGCUUGGAGCAAAUCUACCUCCACUCGCUUCCCAUCAAGGAGUACCAGAUAAUAGACGCCCUCGUCGGCCCCGACGUCCUGAAAGACCUGGUCACGACGAUUAGCCCCAUUCAGAUUCAGACCCGCGCCGGAUUGCGAACCCGAUUCAAGGCCUUCUUUGUCGUCAGCGAUGGAAACGGCUACGCCGGAUUGGGUAUCAAGUGUAGCAAAGAAGUCCCAAUCGACGCCAUAGUCUAUGUCGGAGGACGGAGGCUUUUGGGAGCCAGCGGAGCCUGUUCUUUAUUAAAGUGUUAUUUGGUACUGGGUUCGUGAAAAUGAUUCGGUUGUGGAGACAUUCUUACCCGUUUCUUGGAAGGUUUGCUGUCAAGGGACAUGAGGCAGACUGUUGCCGUUGGUGUGAUCAAGGCUGUGGAGAAGAAGGACCCACCUGGUGCCAAGGUCACCAAGGCUACUGCUAAGAAGAACGGUUCAUCGAUGAACAGACGAGUAUAAUGCAGUAUUUGCUGCAUCUCAUGGGUGGUCGAUGACAACUGUGCUUCCAUCAAUUCAAUCGCUACUGGGUUUCUGCUUUGUUCGGUUGAUUUCAGAGGAUUGAAGCCUGAUUUGCGUGGAGAGAGAGUUGGGAGAAGAUGAGUUCAACAUCACAGAAGCUGUGGUCCAACAAGGGAAGCUGUUGGUCAUUCAUUGAGCUCGAUUGUGAUGAAACCACCCCAGUGAAAGCAAUUAAGUGGUAUGUUGAAUCUUAUUCUAGGGUCAGCUUGAAUGAUCAGUUUGUUCUGUGUUUGCAUAUGAAAUUAGAACCCCAACUGCCACUCUCGAGUUACAAGCUUCCAGCUAUAGACCAAGAAGUGUUUAUAUUUAACAAAGCUAGGCUUCAGAACAAUUCCACAUCACCAUCUCAAGAGGAAGUGAAUGUAGUCGAAGUAGCUUUAGUACUAUAAGCUUUGCAGGGGCAGUUGGGAAGUGCUUGGUUGAUUUGGCUGUGGUAAAUUGCAGCAACUCUCAUGAACAAAUCAGCCAAGCUAGUAUAUAGGUUGGACUUCAUGGAAGCUAGUAUAUUUGUACCUUGAGUUGAAUUUUUGACAAUGGAUAACUAAACUGAAAUUUGUUUUGUUUGAACAGAUCCCACUUACAUGAUUCGUGCUAUUCCAAGCAAUGCAUCUGACAAUGUUUACUGUACACUACUCGCUCAGAGUUGUGUUCAUGGAGCAAUGGCUGGGUACACAGGCUAUACAUCUGGUCUUGUAAAUGGCCGGCAAACAUACAUACCUUUCUACGUAAGUUGAUGCCCUAAUAGUCACUAUAGCUUUCUUAAGGUUCUCCAUAUCUAGGUGAUAGCCAUGUAAAAUAUGCUGCCAUCAUCACAUCUUCAUAUGCAAACAGAGAUAGAACAUAUGUAAAAAACUGCAGAACCUGCAAACCAAAGCUACGUGUAUUCUGUCAGCUCCACCUCCACAGUAUGGCUGCCAAGUGACACCCCUAACUAAGGCCUGCUAUUUUCUUUGACCAGAGAAUCAUCGAGACACAGAACAAGGUGGUGAUAACAGACAGAAUGUGGGCUAGGCUUCUGUCAUCAACAAAUCAGCCAAGCUUUAUGUGUCCUAAACUGGUGGCAGAGAAGAGGAAGGAAAUGCAGAUGGCGACGGAGGCACAACCUUCCGGACAGUUGAUGGAUGAUGGGAACACUGGCGCUGAUAAGAAGGCGGCAAACAAAGAGGUCAGGGCGUGACUGAGAUUCCCCCCCAAAAAAAGUAAAGAACCCCAUAAUACUCAAUUAUAGAAUUUUAACCAACAUUGCUUAGGUUGCAGUUGUUUUUUUGCCCCAUCUCUCCUUCUUCCACUGUUUGGUACCCGCCUUUUUUUGGUUCAGUAGCUCCCACUAGUUCUUCAGUAAUCCUCAGAGUCCUACAUUCCACAUCAAAGUGAGUAAAGUAAGGUGUACAUUGAUCUCUGAGAAAGCUUUACAUGUUGAACAUAGUCAGCUAUUGAGAUGAUCAAUGAGGGUGAUUAGCUCAUGAUUUUGUGAGGUGUAAUGUAUACUGCAACGAGACUUGGAUUGAAUGCAUAUAGUUAAGCUGUUAAUGCAAUAAUAAAGUGAACACAUGUAUGAUGGAAGUUAUGCUAUAUGAGAAUGUUCCUCGGCCAGUAGUUGGUGGACUAAAAGACUGUAAUAUUCAGAAUAGACAACAAAGCAGCUCGGGGAGCGGAAAUGGGGACUGGGACGAACAUCUGAGCAUUAUUAACGAUUAUAUAUUGCAUAUAUAUAUAUAUAUUUUUUUUAUAAUUCUCGUUCACACUAGGCAGUAGGCAGCAUGAAUGGAGACAUUGCUUUGACUGACAGUGCCUCAUUACGUCAUCUUUAUGGCCUUUCGAUUAUGGGAUGUUUUAUUAAAAAUAGAAUUAUAACUAUUAGAAUUGCAAUUUUGAACAUGGGAAAAACUUACACUAUGUUUGGCAACAAGGGGUGCAAGUUGAGGGGUAAAUUGUUGGGGGUGCAACUUGGUGGAGGGUGUAAGUGGAGGGGUAAAUUGUUGUUUGGAUGAAAAAGUAGGGGUGCAAAUAGAGUAAAAAGUAAGUAAUUAU